AUGGAGACUCCAUUGGAUCGCUUCUUUCAGUCGUUUGAGGGGUUUAAAUACGACCCACUGACUCUGCCCUCUCUCAGCUUUACGCAGCUCAAAAAGUGCCAUGGCGACCGCAAGAGCUACCAACAGAUCGAAGCUCCAAGCAAGCGUUUUCACAAGGCGAUCGACAUAGAGCUGGAGGAUAUGUACGGCAGUAGUAAUGAUCUGGCUGCAUGGCAGGCGCUAUGCCGUGCCGUGGUCACUGGAGGAGAGGUUGGACGGUCCAUCACAAGUUGCAAGAAGAUCCUACAGGCAAUCAAUGUAAACAUUUUCGACCUCGUGUACUGCGCUCGACACUCGAUCGCGUCUCGUAACUCUAAUACCUCAGCGAAUGAGCUCCUUCGCAAUCUCAAGACUUUCCCAACUAUCAAGGCGCUCAAGAACUACUCGAGGCAGCAGAACAAGGUCUUUCCACUGGCUGGAGGAGGAAGAGUCAACGGUGACCAGAGUGCUGCGCUCAAGGCUUUUCUACGUCCACUCAACCGAAAGUGUUGA